AUGAUUGACUUUAAGUGGUGCCAGUAUCGGUUUGUGCUGAAGCAGUGGUGUGGGGUGAUAUUUGGGAUCGUCUAUGUGCCUCAGAUUACAGACUGUGUGUUUUUGUGUGUCAGAUUGGACAACAAGGUGACGAUCAACUUCAUCAACCGAGACGGGGAGAAGAUCACAGCGAAGGGAUCGCCUGGAGACACUCUGUUAGACGUUGUCAUCAAUGAAGAUCUCGACUUUGAUGGUUUUGGAGCGUGCGAGGGAACACUGGCGUGCUCCACGUGCCAUCUGAUCUUUGAUGAGGAAGUAUAUAAGAAGCUGGGACCCAUCACAGACGAGGAAAUGGACAUGCUAGACUUAGCCUAUGGCCUGACUGACACAUCUCGUCUGGGUUGCCAGAUCUGCCUGACAAAGUCUCUGGAGGGAAUGGUAGCCAAGGUUCCAGAUAGUGUAGCUGACAUCCGACAGACCAAAGAUGGAUCAUCUUAACAGGGAACAUGUGACUGAGACCAUAAAUAUAAAAAAAUGAGGGUACCUCAAAUGUACACAGAGACGAUGGUAGGUGAUCUGUCAGUAAUGCCACGGGCUGCCACAGAACUCUUUCCCACUUUUUUUUGUUUUGUUUUUUUAAUAACACAAACUACCAAGUCAUAGACUACUAGAGCCAGCUCUCAAAAACCAGGAAGCACAGAUAUGCCACUCGGACUCGCAGUAUAAUUUUUUAUAGAAAGUAAAUUUGCGCUAUGCAAGAUUUUUAGAGGAACGAGGCAAACUGUAAUGCUCAGUUUACAGGGGGAACGUGCAGCCCUGGUAAGGAAUCAUAAAGUAUUUAUGAGAUAUAAAAUGCUAACUAUAAGAUCUCAUAUAAUCCAUUCUGUUCAUUUUAAUCAUUGUCUGAAAAAAUGUUACUUAUUUGUCAAUGUGAAUGAAGCGUGUUGUUUAUUAACCCGCAGACUCCAGCCGGCCGCUCUACCUUUCAUUAAUUUUCUGUGACUACAUUUAUACUAUGGGCUCACUUUUAUACCUCACAUGGAGCUGGACCUUCUGGAAGUGUACACUCUUUGUCUCAUAUGUAACUUCAGUCAGCCCUAUGGACCAAAACCGCCAGAAUAAAAUAAAUGACUUGGUAUGUAAAUAUGCAAUUACAUGCCCCAAAAGUGGUUGCAUUAAAAAAAAAAAAAAAAAA